AUGCUGGAACAGGCAAACACCUUGAUCUUCGUCUUCAACAUGCUCCCCUCAUCCGUCCAGUCACGGUUGCCCGCCCUCCAGGCGCUCCGGUCAGCUAGCUUAUCUAUCUUAUCGUCCCGGAUGCGGACCGUACCUAUACCAGGGGAGAAGGACACAGAUGAAAUGGUCGUGGCGAGCAGGAAAGACAGCUCCAUCGUCGAGAUACAGCAGAUGGCACCCGCAAGCUUGGCGGAUCGCAGGGUGAAGGGCGAGGCCAUCGACGAGAGCACCAACAACGCCGCCGUCGCCCUCUCGGGAUCGGGAGUCAAAUGGAGAUACGCCAAGCAAGGUUCCUACAUGCACCACUCGGCCUCCGCCGAGAGGGAAGACGUCGUCUUCUCGAGGAAAGCCUACAUCGACGGCCUGGCCUACAUGCUGCAGGCGCUGCCCGAUGAUCUCGACGAACACGAGAGCAGUGUGCUCCGUCGCGCCCUGCCCGAAGCCGUCGCAUCGCCGGACGAAGACGCAACCGGGGCCACCGCAUCGCAGCGACAGCGCGCCCUCGUCGCGGGACCCCAGACGACCCCGGAACGGUCCUUUCUGCACCAUAGCGUUGCGGGCCUCGUCGCCAACAUCGUGCUGGUGGCGUACCUGCUGCUGUCGGUGAUGAUGUUCCUCGUCCGCGUCGGCGCGCAGUACGAACGCCAGCACCACCUCUCGCGGCAGCUUGCGGCGCGCGGCCUCGUGCUCGGCGCCAGGAUCUACGCCCUCAGCGACGGCCGUGUCGGCAGGGCCAUGACCGACCUCGCCGCCUGGGCCGUCGAGAACGUCACGGGCGGCAUCCAGGACGGCAUCGGCCAGGGGCUCUUCAUGAUCGAGCGGAAGCGGCAGGAGGGGGAGGCCCACCGGAAAUGA